AUGCCCCCCGCCCUCCCCCGCCAGACCUUCUCGGGGAGGAGGGAGCGUAUAAUUAAAAACACUGGCCAGGCCUGCCGGAAGUGGCGGACGGAGACCGGUGGAUCCCACGACUGUGGAGGGCGAGGCGCCGCCGCCACCACGGGCCGCGAGUUUGGGAAGCUGACCCGGGUGCGGCACGUGAUCACCUACAGCUUGUCGCCCUUCGAGCAGCUCGCCUUCCCGCACUACUUCAGCAAGGGCAUCCCCAACGUGCUGCGCCGCAUCCAGGCCUCCAUCCUGCGCGUCGCGCCGCCAUUUGUCGCAUUUUAUCUUGUCUACACAUGGGGGACUGAGGAGUUUGAGAAAUCCAGGAGGAAGAAUCCAGCCACCUAUGAAAAUGACCAAUGAGCAGCUCAUCUGGAGGAUGGUUCCCGUCUCUGAAAGACCCUUCUCUGGGAGAGGAGUCUGCAUUGUGUAGUGUCUUGAAGACACAAUAAACUUCUUAUGGGCUGCCAUGUU